AACAACGGCUACGAAAGCAUAGGGAUGAAGCUCACGUUCAAGAGUCUCCAAGGAUCCAACUUUUCGUUGGACGCCGAGCCGACGGACACUAUCGGCUCGGUCAAAUCCAAGAUCGAGAGUGUCCAUGGACAUGCGGCUUCGGCGCAGAAGAUCAUCUUUUCUGGAAAGAUCCUUACCGAUAACGAUACUGUGGCCUCAUGUGGUGUCAAGGAGAAGGACUUCCUCGUCUUGAUGGUCUCCAAGCCUAAAGCACCCAAAGCUGCUGCGCCAGCCACGACGGAGGCGUCCACCUCGAGUACAAGUAUCACAUCCGCUGACCAGCCUGCCUCGAACACUCCCGCCGCGACCACGACCACAUCAACCCCCUCGACUACGGACUCUGCUCCUGCGGCCGUGUCGGCCCCCGCCCCUGUCGCUGCGCCCGGUGGAGCGCCCACCACUGGUGGAGGUGGUUCUUUCCUGACGGGAGCCGAACUGGAGGCAGCUGUCAACAACAUGGUCGAGAUGGGUUUCGAAAAGGAACAGGUCCAAAAAGCCAUGAGAGCCAGCUUCAACAAUCCAGAGAGGGCCGUCGAAUAUCUCAUGACUGGCAUCCCCGAGCACCUCCUGCUGCAGCAGCAGCAGCAGCAGCAGCAGCAGCAGCAACCGCCCGCAAGAACACCAGGUGACCAAGCUGCUGCGAGCCCUGCAGCAGCAACCUCUGGUGAGGCUGCGAGUGGAGCUGUGCCUGCUGCGCAACCAGCAAGCACUGCGCAGACGACCGCACCGACGGGCGGCGGCGGAAAUGCGCCUGCGCGAGCUGGAAAUCUGUUCGAGGCGGCAGCCGCAGCUGCUCAGCAAGGGGGAGGCGGUGGUGGCCCCGGGACUGGCAGAGGCGGAGGAGGAGCGGGGGGCGCUGCGGCACUCAGAGGGCUGGGCGAGGAAGAUGACAGUGGACAUCAAGUACUGGACCUGGGCAACCCGGCUAUGCUGGCCCAGCUCCGUCAGCUCGUCCAGCAGAAUCCAGCUGCGCUCAGCCCGCUCGUCCAGGCCCUUGCGCAGAGCAACCCCCAGCUAGCAAAUGCCAUGGCCGAAGAUCCCGAAGGCGUUCUCAACCUCCUAGCCAGCGGUGCUGCCGGCGGUCUCGGAGGGGAAGAGGGAGAAGAAGCAGUCAGCCUGCCGAGCAUGGAGGAGCUCAGCCCAGAGGACCGCACAGCCGUCGAACAGAUCAUCGGAAUGGGCAUUCCCGAAUCGAAGGCAAUCGAAGCAUACCUCAUGUGCGGUCGCAAUGUCGAGAUGGCUGUCCAAUACUACUUUGAAAAUCCACAAGACUUUGACGAUUAGAUUGAUUUCGUCGAGUAUAUCACUUCGGAGAGCAAAAUGUGGCACAGAGAACAAGUGCAGGGUGAGAUGGCCCUUCCGGCUCACUAUGGGUCCUCGAAAGAAGACCAUCAAUGGAUCUCUUUGCGGCUUUUCUCUCGCGUGUGCCUUUGCAAUCUGUGCUUGCAGCUUGCUGAAUUCUCAAGAAAGUUUGAGGCUACAUACACAAAUAUAUCAUCGCAUGAAG